AUGUCGAUCGUCGACAUCAGAAAUAACAAUGGUAUACAAGGAAAAGAGAACGACGCAGAAAGCAAGAGGCGUGGGAUGCAAAAAAGGCUGUCAGUUUUAGACAGCAAUCAGAAAGCUGCUGCCAAAGAAGAGGACGACGAAGCAGAUUUCAUGCCUCUGCACGCAACUCUGCUAAACAUAAUUCGUCAGUUGGCUGAAUCACACGUUGGCAAAAGAGAAAAACAUAAAAGUGCCGCCGAUGUCGCGCCGGCAUCGGCGGCGCAGGCGAUAGCUUUAACGAUGUAA